UUCAACUUGUUCAUCUAUUAACAAACAUCAUAUAAUUUUACUCCCUUCUGCUUCCAUCAAAACCACUAUAUAUAAUUAUAUAUACACAUAUAUAUAUAAGUUUUUUCUCUCUAAGAAAUCAAAUUCUAUGUGACGGAACAGAAGGUUAAAAGCAAGCUUGCCUUCCAUCUUUCAUCAGUGUAAGUUCGAUCGUCUUCAUCGUUGAUCGCAAUAUAAAUAAGAAAUAUGGCAUCCACGACGUUUGCUCACUUAAAAAUCCCACUUGAAGAGGUUGUAAAGGCCACCAACAACUUUGAUGAGAAAUACGUAAUCGGCGAAGGUGAUUUCGGGAAGGUUUAUAGAGGACAACUCUUGCUGUCCUCCGGGAAGUUGGUGAACAUUGCUGCUCGGAGAUUAGAUCUAAAGCAAGGUCAAGGAGACGUUGAGUUCUGGACGGAGAUUUCUGUGCUUUCUAGUCUCAAGCAUGAAAAUAUUGUCUCACUGAUUGGGUUUUGUGACGAGAAAGGUGAGAAGAUCAUCAUCCUAAACAAGCAUGAGGCGAGCAAAGGAAGUCUCUCGGAGUAUCUAACCGACCCAUCCCUCACAUGGAUUCAAAGAUUGAAAAUAUGUCUUGGCGUUGCACGUGCUUUGCAACACAUCCAUAACGUUGAGGGGCUACUAGGUGAUCAUAGUGUCAUACACCGAAACAUCAACAGCUCCACAGUUUUAUUAGAUGAUAACUGGGAGGCCAAGUUAUCUGGUUUCGAAUUUUCCAUCAAACAAUCUGUAAAUCGAAUGGACCGUGUUGUUCGUAUUUCAAAAGCUAUUGGCACAACAGGGUAUAUGGACCCAUCAAUUGUAAAGAUGGGAGGAGUAACCCAUAAGUCAGAUAUCUACUCAUUUGGAGUCGUUUUAUGUGAAAUAUUAUGCUGGAGGAAAGCCUUCAUUCCAAAUGCAGUGGAUAAUAGAUUUUUAGCACCAUUAUUCAGAUCUCACUAUGAAAUGAGUACACUGAAUGAUAUAAUCCAUCCGGAUCUACGAUAUCAACUGGCCCCACAAUCACUCGCCAGCUUCUCAAAAGCAGCAUAUUCUUGUUUAAAGAAGGAGCGACUACAACGUCCAAAUAUGAACGAUAUUGUCAAUGAUCUUGAGAAAACGUUGGAACAUCAGCAGCCGUUAGAAAAUUUCCAAAAGAACUUGAAAAAGAACUUGAAUAUCCAACUCAGUGACUUCCAGAUUCGACUAAGUGAUAUACUGGUGGCCACCGAUAAUUUUUCCUCUGAUAAGCGGAUGGAGUAUACCAGAUACUCUGCCAUAUACAAAGGAGAUUUUGAUAAAGAAAAUCCUUGCUCCGUAGAAGGGAAUGAUAGAGGUGAACUAACCAGCGUGGUUAUCAAACGCAUGGAUAUCGAACAUGGAGAAUACAACCAAAGGAAAGAAAGGUUCUUUACAGAACUUGAAAUUCUUACUAUUUGUAAGCAUCCCAACAUAGUCAAACUACUCGGAGUUUGUUAUGAAGGUUCUGAGAUGAUCCUUGUCGUUCAGCAUCUUUCUAAAGGACGCCUUGAUGAUUACUUUGGAAACAUUAAAGGCAUGCCUUUUACUUGGGAACAACGUCUGAAAAUCUGCCUCGAUGUAGCACACGCAUUGAAUUACCUCCACUCCGAGAUGGAAGAUCAAAAGAGGAUAAUACACCAUGAUACAAGGAGCCGCUACAUUGCACUUGAUGAGAAUUUGGGGGCAAAGCUUGUUGACUUUGGGAUGUCGCUAUUCCUACCCCCGAAUCAAGACGAUGACUCUCUUUGCGUAGAUACUAUUGCUGACACUCGUUGUUACGGGGAUCCCGAGUACAAGAUAACUGGCAAGUUAAAGAGGGAGUCAGAUGUAUAUAGUUUCGGAGUAGUUUUGUUUGAACUUUUAUGUGGAAGGUCAGCCUAUGACAAAAUUUACCUUAAGGAGAGCGACCAAGGCUUGGCAUAUGUGGCACGACGAUGCUUCCUCGAGGGAACACUAAAGGAAAUGAUGGAUCCCAGAUUAAAGGGGGAAAGUGGUGAAAACAAUUUCAUUGUACCCAACAAAAAUUCUUUGAACAAAUUCAUAGAAAUAGCAUAUCAGUGUGUUGCGGAAACUCAAGCCCAACGUCCAACAAUGAAAAUAGUUGUCAACGAGCUUGAGAGAACCUUGCUCUUUCAGGAGAAGAAUAAACAAUGCUUAAAUUUUGAAGAGCAACAACAGCCAUCACAACAGUAUGCAAUACCGUCAAAUGCAAGACAACUUGCUGAGGAGAUACAACACUUACCUUUAUUAGAAAAGUAUAAGAAGCUUACAGAAUGGAUGAAAAGCGAAAAUUAUAUACAAAACUUCGAUAUAUCCCAAGGUGCUGUGGCCCAAGGUAUCUUAGGACUUGACGCACAGUUGCAACGAAGGAUGACACGUGAAAGUAAUGAAAUGGAGAUACUACUCAACGUAUUGGCACGAGAAAAUUUUGAAUCUUUUGAGUGCCCAAGCACCAAGAUGGAAAGAACUAUUAAAGGAUCAUGGGGCGUGCCUCUGGCUAAAUCUCGUCUGAGAAUAAAGAAAUGGGACCACUUGAAGAUUCCCUUAAGGGAUAUACUGUUGGCUACUGAUAAUUUUUCCAAGGCAUGCCGUAUUAGAAAUACCAUAUACUAUGAGGUAUACAUAGCAGAACUCAAGCAUUUUGACGAAGAAAAUCUUCCCAUCAAAGAAGGGAAGAAUAAAUGUGAAUUACCGUGGAGACUCAGCACAGUUGUUAUAAAACGCACCACAGGUACAUUUGAUGAUGAAGUGUUCUUUAAAGAAAUUGAAAUGCUUACUACUUGUAAGCAUCCCAACAUAGUCAAGCUAGUUGGAUUUUGUCAAGAAGAUUAUGAGAUGAUCCUUGUCAUUGAGCAUCUUUCUAAUGGAUACCUUGCUGAUUAUUGGAAAAACAUCAAGGACAUGCCAAUUCUUUCUUGGGAAAAACGUUUAAAAAUAUGCCUCGAUGUUGCACACGGAUUGAAGCACCUUCACUAUGAGAUGGAGAACCAAAAGAUGAUAAUACACCGUGAUAUUAUGAGCGAGAACAUUGCACUUGACGAGAAUUGGGGUGCAAAGAUUGUUGACUUUAGGUUCUCGAUAUUCCUGCCCCCGAAUCAAAAUGACGACACACUCCGUAAUCUAAAUGACGACACACUCCGUCUAAGUAAUUAUGGUGGCAAUUGUUAUUACUUGGAUCCGGAAUAUAAGAUGACUGGUAAGUUGAAAAGAGAAUCAGAUGUAUAUAGUUUCGGAAUAGUGUUGUUUGAAAUUUUAUGUGGGAGGUUAGUAGAUGACCCAAUAUAUGUUGAGGAGAGUGACAAAGGGUUGGCCUUUGUGGCACGGAGAUGCUUCCGAGAAGGCCCACAAAUGGAUUUGAUAGAUCCCGUAAUAAAGGAAGAAAGUGGUCGAAACAAUUUUAACCUUAAUAAAGGACCCAACAAAGAAUCUUUGGACAUAUUUGUAAAAAUCGCAUAUCAGUGUCUGGCAGAAGCUCAAAACCAACGUCCAACAAUGAGAAGCGUCGUUGACGAGCUUGAGAAAGCCUUACUCUUACAAGAAAAUAACAAGGAUGAACCCAUAAUCUCACUUGAAGACAUCAAAUUGGCCACAGAAAACUUCCAUCGUGAAAAUCUCAUUGGCAGAGGAGGAUUUGGGGAAGUUUAUAGAGGAAAAGUUCCACAAGGUGAUGGGUUCAAUACCAUUGUUGCAAAGCGAUUGGAUAAAAGGCAUGGGCAAGGGGAACAACAAUUCAGGAAUGAACUCCAAAUUCUUUUUGAGUAUAGCCAUGAGAAUAUCAUCCGUCUUUUAGGCUAUUGUGAUGAAAAAGAUGCAAAAAUCAUUGUUUACGAGUAUGCGUCUCGAGGAAGUCUUGAUAGGUAUCUCAAGGAUGCUCGUCUUACAUGGAUGAAACGGCUUAAUAUAUGUAUUGAUGUUGCAACUGCGCUGGCUUUCCUUCAUGGGGGAGCUGGAAAACAAGCAAUAGUGAUACACAGGGACAUCAAAACUGCUAACAUUUUACUAAAUGACGAGUGGAAAGCAAAACUUGCUGAUUUUGGACUUUCCUUGAUAAGUCCUAUAAAUCAGGAAACAGACUAUGUCAUUGAUCAUGUGUGCGGUACAUCAGGAUACUUGGACCCCCUUUACCAAAAGUCGCGUUUCUUAACCAUAGAAUCCGAUGUCUAUUCAUUUGGGGUGGUUUUGUUUGAGAUCUUGUGUGGGAGAUUUCUACCGGGUUUCACCAAAGAGAGUUUUGAAAAAGGAAAACAUGAUGACUUUGUAUUUGAGCCUCUAAAGAAACAGAUCGUGCCAAAAGCAUUGAUUGCAUUUCAAACGAUUGCCAACCAGUGCUUAGAAGAAGAUAGAGAAAAACGGCCAGCCGCAAAAGUAGUUCUAGAACAACUUACGGAGGCACUAGAAUUCCAAGAAGUGAUUAAGCUUGCAGGUUGCGGAAUUCCUCAACAGAAGCUGGAUUAAUUGAUGCAUGGACACUUAUGCGUGACCUUCUUUUUAAUUAAUUAGUUACUUUCUGUUGAAUUCCUAAAUAAGAGUCUAAACUUUGUCUGGCACACGUUUUACUGUAUUGUUGUUUUUUGCGGUUAUGUUUUAAGGAUGGGGGAGUAUGUCAUCUGGUUAGCGUGCAAGUUUGUUUAAAUCAAGCGUGCUUUAUUUGUUCCUUUGUUGUAUCAUAUUCUGAUCUAUUAAUCUAUGGAUGGAAGUUCUACUCAA